AUGGCAGCAAUUCCGGACCGGGCCCAGGUGAAGGCUGCCAAGCUGGUGUCCGAGUCGGCCAGAGAGCGGGAGACGUUUGAGUACUCUUCGUCUCUGCUCAGCGCCGUCAGGCUCAACGAGACCGGGAAGCCGACGCCUUCGUCCGAGCUCGCAACCGCCGACGACGUUAUCCUCACCGGCCUCGCCCAGCUGGGAGCUUUGCAGACGGGUACCGACCGGGCCCUCAUCUCGCUGUUUGACGCCCACCGCCAGUGUAUCGUCGCCGAAGCAACACCCACGCAGCGCCUGUACCCAUCGCUCAGGAGUGACGACUGUGACCGCCCGCUCUGGCUAUGCGGCACUGCCAUCCCUCGUAGCCAUGGAGUCUGCGAGCUGAGUCUCCUCGGCGACAAGGCUCUCGACGCCGCCGAUGGCGAGAUGCCCAACCAGCUCCCUCUGACCAUCGCCCACGACCUUGUCAUUGACCCUCGGUUCUCGUCCAAGCCGUUCUGCCAGCCGGGCAGCUUGGCUCGUUUCUACGCCGCUGUCCCAAUUCGAACUCGGCGUGGAAUCAACAUCGGCGUGUACUGCGUCAUCAACGAGACUCCAAACAAGACCUGGAGUGACGACCACUCGCAGCGGCUACGAGAUAUAUCCUGGGCCAUCAUGGACCAUCUCGAGGCGCAGAGACUAAAGGUUGUUCACAAGCGGGAUUUGCGAAUGAACAGGGGCUUGGGGUCGUUUAUCGAGGGCAAACCCACCAUAUUUGGCUCGCAGAAGACCUCAAAUGAUACUGCCUUGGAGACACAACCUAACAGCCCUACACACCGGCAACAAUUUUUCCAACAGCAACAGCAGGACAGGCCCGAAGAUGACCUCGUGACCGACCUAUCGCCGACGACCAGCGCAGGAGCCACACGGCCCGAAUUCAAAUCCAUGGCUACUCUAACGGAGGAUGAAAGCUCAAUGGUAAUUUUAUCGAAAGCUGCCAACAUUGUCAGGGAGUCCAUCGAGGUAGAGGGCUGCCUGUUUUUCGAAGCCCCGAUUCAGCCAUAUCUGUCUCCGGCGGCGCAGAACAACACUACGACUGACGAGGGAAGCCAAUCAUCCGCCACGAGCAGUAGUGACGAGGAUCUAGAAGCUAGGCGUCCAAGCAAGACUGCGUCACACUGCAGGCUCCUUGGCUAUUCCACAGCCACAUCAUCGAGCAUCAAUGGAGCCAUUCCGAGUCGGCCUUGCAUUUCACUAACAGAGAACUUUCUAUCCAAGCUUCUUCGGCGUCAUCCCAGGGGCCAGAUUUUCAACUUUGGACCUGACGGAGAGUUGCAAUCGGAUUCGUCAGAAGACGAGCAGCCGUAUCAGGAGGCAUCCCCGAACAACUCCCCGCUACUCAUUAGAGACACGGAAACUAUUCCAAUUUUGCCUCGUGAAGGGGUGCCAAUGAAAAACUCGGCGCGGCAGCUCGAGGGAAAGGCUCUACUCAAGGCCUUUCCUGGUUCUCGGAGUAUAGGCUUCGUCCCUAUCUGGGACCCCAGGAAAGAUCGAUGGCAUGCUGGCGGAUUUAUCUGCACCAAGGAUGUAGCCCGAAGUUUUUCUCUUGAACAGGAAUUAAGCUACCUGAGAGCUCUGGGAAUGCUUGCCAUGUCUGAAAUCCUGCGAUUCAAGGACUUGCGAGCUGAUAAAGCAAAAACGGAUGCUCUUGGGUCGCUCUCACACGAGCUCCGUUCUCCAUUACACGGAAUUCUGCUCAACGCUGAAUUGCUAAUUGAUACCAAGCUCGACAUCUUUCAGGGCAAUGUUGCCCAUACUAUUGAAACUUGCUCCCGCACACUCCUCGACACAGUGGACCAUCUCCUCGAAUACUCUAGAAUCAAUCAUCUAUCCGGACGAGAUGACAGGGCUCUCAGCUUAGCAUCAAAUGGUCUCGAUCUGGGGCAGUUUGGCAAGAAAUCUUUACUGCGUGACUCUCAGAUCGACCAUAUUGUCGAGGAAGUUGUUGAGAGUGUCUUUGCUGGCUUCAACUUCUUACACUUGUCCGUCAAGCAACUCUCUGACCAACACAAAGGGUCAAUCAACAGCGAUGUGAAUGCAAAUCAUCACUCAGAUUCGCUGCAAGCGAUGGAUCAGCUCGAACCUUGGAUGACGAAAAACGGGGAGCUCAGGUGGAGCUUUGAUGACGUCUUGAUAAUUCUGUCAAUGGAUGCCAAGUGCAAUUGGGCGUAUUGCGUUGAUGUUGGAGCCAUCCGUCGAAUAGUCAUGAAUAUCUUUGGCAAUGCUUUGAAGCAUACCAAACGGGGCACAAUCACAGUUUCACUUACGCAGGAAAUGGCUCGGCUCAGGAGCCGCAAGAAAGAGCGCGUCGUUAGGUUCACAGUACAGGAUACUGGCAAAGGCAUCGGCCCUGAUUUCCUCAAGCACGGGCUCUUCCGCCCAUUUUGCCAGGAGGAUCCAUUAUCACCUGGCGCCGGGCUAGGGCUCAGCCUCGUGCAACAGAUAACAUCUCAUUUACAAGGUGAUGUCUCGAUACGGAGCGAGCUUGGCGUUGGCACGACAGCUUGUGUAACACUGCCGUUGGAGCAGCUGCCGCGACCUGUAGAAGUGGCCCCUACAAUCUCGGAUGCAGAAGACAAGGCGUUUAAGGAACAAGUUGCCGACUUAAAAGGCCUGCGUGUGCGGAUUAUCAUGGCAGAUUCUGAGUGGCAAAGGGCUGUUGUAACCAUCUGCCGCGAAUGGCUACACAUGGAAAUCAUCCCCAACACACGAAGUACAAGCGUCACCCCAGAUCUCGUGUUGUGGUCUUAUAUGGACUUGGCGAGAUUGAGCGAGAAUUUUGAAUCAUUUGACAAAACGCCCAACGUCGUCGUGUGCUCAAACGCACUAGUGGCCUAUCGCCAGUCACAUAUGUUCAAGAAGGCUGAAUCCCCCGCCAUUUUUGAGUUUAUAUCUCAACCAACGCCAAGUACAUAUUCUCCCUCCAGUGUCGGUAGGCCGUCUUUGAGCAGACCAACAACUGCUGUAUCCCGAAGCAGCGGUUCAACAUGGACGAGCGACGGCACUUGGAUAUCUGGUUCUCAAACCGAAACGACUCCAAAGUCCCCUGAAGAGUCUUUGACUCUGCGGGAUAAACCUGAGGCACCGCAAAUUAGCUUCUUGCUCGUUGAUGACAACUACAUCAACUUAAAAGUGUUGUCCACGUAUAUGAAAAAGCGUAACAUUGGCUUCAAGGAAGCAAAGAAUGGCAAGGAAGCGGUGGACUGCUUCCUCGCGCACCCUGAUGCAUACGCUUGCAUCCUGAUGGACAUAUCCAUGCCGGUCAUGGAUGGCUUUGAGGCCACGAGGCAAAUUCGAGCCCAUGAAGCUCAGAUGGGAUUGACUCCUGUCCCCAUCAUUGCGCUUUCGGGAUUAGCAACGGAAGAUGCCCAGCAAGAGGCGUUUGGCAGUGGAAUGGAUGUGUUCCUCACUAAGCCGGUUAAGCUUGGGGCUUUGGGCAACUUGCUUGAGUCUCAUGGGAUUCUUAAUAGCGGUUGA